UAAAAUAAUACGUAUGACAUAAUACUUUGUCUAUAUAUAUAUAUUUGUGUGUGUGUGUGUGUAUGUGUAUGUGUGUGGUGUGAAUUACAAUGCUAGAGUAUAAGUACAUGCUGUAUGUAUAUGUGUGUCUAUGUGAGGAUGUUUAUAUCAAUGUGAAUAUAUGAGCGUGUAUGUAUCAACACGUACGAAUCUGUGAGUGGCCAGAUCGGUCGGUGAAUAUUUUCUUGAACAAUGAACAAAACAUAAGAGGCGAAACAGACAGACACACCUCAAGAGAUCAGCGGACAUCAAAUGGUGGCUAAUGGAUUUCAGCUGCAGCUUCGGGUACCAGGAUGUUGGCAUGCAACAUUUUAGACUCAACGUUUAAGACAACGAUUUCAUCAGUUUCGAAUGGGCCUGCAAAUCACGUGAGCAAUGCCCCUUUCUGUUUGACUAAGCGAUUAAAAUAGCAUAAAUGCAGUACAGGAGAAUCUGUUCAAGGAUCCUCUAUCACAAUGAUGAUGUUGGUCUGAUAAAAACGGAACUAAUAUCCAAAAUGAAAGGUCCUCAACAGCUUGAAGAAAAUAUUCUCUACCUUGGAAAUUAAAAAUGUUCCUGCGAAUAUACUAGCUUAGUAUUAGACUAGUGCAAGAAACAAAAUCUAAGAAUAUUAAGUAUAAGAACACCUUUGAAAACAUUAACUAAGCACAAUGAAUCCAAUUGUUCUUUGCAAAAUUGUUGUACUCGCCAUUGUGUUUUUAUCUACCAUAACUUCUGGUUUGUUACCGUUUGUUAUGCUGAAAUUCCUGAAGCGAAAAGGAGAGGAACAUUCUUCAUCAUUUAAUAACGCAAAAAUAAAAAUGAUUCUAAGCUGCUUGAAUACGUUUAGUGGAGGUGUAUUUUUAAGUGCUUGUUUCAUUCAUCUGCUCCCUGAGGUGCGCAAACACAUGCAGAAAAUACUACUGACGUUGAAUAUCAAAACGAAUUUUCCAGCAACAGAAUUUAUAACUAUAUUUGGCUUUUUCAUCAUUAUAAUGAUGGAACAAUACGUUUCACUUUGUAUGAGAAAAACCAAUAAAAACUCAAAUAACAAUCAUGAUUUCCACGAUGAAAGCGAAACUGGAUCUGGAAGCAGUAUAAACGGAAAAAAAGAAGAUUUAUGCCUACCCGUGGAAGAAUCGGAUGAUACAAAUCGACUUAUUUCUCGCCGACUUUCCAUUUCUAGUGCUCAUUCUGUAGAAUCCAUGAGAAGUGAGAUUCUCAAGCGGGUAGAUGUGGAUACCCAUAAUCAUGUGCAUUUCUCAAACGAAGAGAAAGAAUCUAGUUUACGUUCUGUACUGUUGUUACUAGCCUUGUCACUUCAUACAAUUUUUGAUGGAUUAACCGUCGGUUUGGAAAAAACAGUUAAUAACAUCUGGGCGAUGUUUACUGCAGUAAUUAUUCAUAAAAUAUUAAUUGGUUUCACACUUGGUCUGCAAAUGUUUGAAAAUGCUCAGUGGUCCGUGAGACGGACGAUAUUUUUAAUGUUAAUUUUCUCUCUGAUUUCCCCCAUAGGUAUUGUGAUAGGUAUUUUAAUCGAAGACCUAAACGUAGAGAGUGUUACUGAACACUUUGUGUCUGCACUCCUUAAAGCGUUGGCAACAGGUACGUUCAUGUACGUAACAUUUUUUGAGAUUCUGGGACGAGAGAUUUCUCAUGAUGCAACACCUUUACAAAUAUUAUUUGCUAUCAUCGGUUUUGGUAUGAUGACAGAACUUGUAUUUUUUAAUUAAGUUCAAGCAAUCAGGGAUACGGUGACAUAAUAUGAAACAAGAGCACUCGAAGAACGCAAACCUCCGCCAAGGCAACACCGACAUCCUCUCAAAUUUUAACUGGAGAUGUUUUAUAAAAUGAAAAUAUCUGAAAUAAUCUCGACUGCUCUCACAAACGAGAAUACUAAAAAUGAACCCGACCGCUCUCAAAAAUGAAGUAAAAGAACAGGGAAAAUAAUCCCAAAUCCUUGUCCGGAACCGGAUCGAUCCCAAAAUGUAAUCACUUCGUGCCAGACAUGAGGUCAAACAUCUCUGAACGUUUCAUCCGAAUCCAUCCAGCGGUUCCUGAGAUAUCUUGUCCACAGAAAAACAAACAAACAUACACGACUGAAACAAUGCCUCCGCCGUAGCGACGGCGGAGGUAAUAACUACUUUUCCACUUAUGGAUUAGUUUAUUUUUAGAAUCGGACAAAAUACUUGCAAGAUUUAUUUCGGUUUCCUACGUUACGUUUUCAUAUACUGAGGACAUCAACUUCACGUUUCGUCAUUCCGGGAUUCAUAAAAUGUUGUCAAGUAUUUUCACUGGAUUAAUGCAUCAUACUCCAGCCUUCCAAUCUCAAAACUUGUACAUUUGUAAAAAGCAAUUAUUUAAUAUAAUUAUUAUUCAACGG